CAGGCGGCAACCACCAUGGCCACGCCCCUUGCGCGUGACGUCACCGAGCAGGCUUGGCUCCAGUGUCCGCUUUGGGACGCACUCAGCGCGGGGAAAAUGCUGCUCUCCGUACCGCCAAGGACAGCUAUCAACCCGUACAGCGGCUCCUAUAACAGCAGGAACACCAAAAAGCAGUCCUAUGUAUCCUCCGGUCCCCAGAUGGCGCCGCCGAGUCCCAACACUAAUAGCAGCAGUGCGAGCAGCGCAGGAGGUGGGGAACAACUGAGCAAAACCAACCUGUACAUCCGCGGCCUUCACCCCGGGACAACCGACCAGGACCUGGUUAAACUCUGUCAACCGUACGGGAAGAUCGUAUCCACCAAAGCCAUCCUGGACAAAACGACCAACAAGUGCAAAGGCUAUGGCUUUGUUGACUUUGACAGUCCUGCAGCGGCUCAGAAAGCUGUAACAGCUCUAAAGUCCACCGGCAUCCAAGCACAGAUGGCCAAACAACAGGAGCAGGACCCGACUAACCUGUACAUCUCCAACCUGCCCGUGUCGAUGGAUGAGCAGGAGCUGGAGUCCAUGCUGAAAUCUUUCGGUCAGGUGAUUUCCACACGGAUCCUCCGAGACGCCAACGGGACCAGCAGAGGAGUCGGAUUCGCCAGGAUGGAAUCCACAGAGAAAUGUGAAGCCAUUAUUCAACAUUUUAAUGGAAAAUAUAUUAAAACUCCACCAGGAGUGCCAGUGCCGACUGAGCCGUUGUUAUGUAAGUUUGCUGACGGAGGACAGAAGAAGAGACAGAAUCAGGGGAAAUACCUGCAGAAUGGCCGGCCCUGGGUCAGAGACACUGACACGGGAGGAAUGACGCUAACGUAUGACCCGACAGCCUUACAGAACGGGUUUUAUUCGUCUCCGUACAGCAUCGCCCCGAACAGAAUGAUCGCCCCGACGUCUCUGUCUCCCUACAUGACUUCUCAAGUACCGUCAUACCAGCUGUCUGACGAUUCUGAAUCUUUCACAGCAGCUCAGUGGAUUCUAUAUACAGUUCACAGUCCAUCAUGGAUGCACCACCAGUCAUACCUCAUGCAGCCCACAGGGACAGUUUUAACCCCAGCUAUGGACCACACGAUGUCCAUCCAACCCACCUCUCUGAUGAGUCCUUUAACCCAGCAGCUCAGUCACCUCUCACUGGGAAGCGCUGGAACGUACAUGCCUGCGAAUACGACUAUGCAAGGGACCUACAUCCCCCAGUACACCCCCGUGCCUCCCUCCAGUAUCUCUGUAGAGGUGAGACAGGAGAACAGCGGAAACCAGCAACAAGUCCCCAUAGAACCUGCUACAGAUCACACCAACUACACGUACCAACACAGCAAGUGAAGCUGAGGAUGUGAGAUGCGAUGCGGCGGUGUGAUGUGGUGGCUUGUUGCCGUGGGUAACGGCGGUGUCUCUGUGAGGUGAUUAACUUUCUCGCUGAUGUGCAGAACCAGAGACACAGAUAAAAACACGGAUAAAAACGCGGAUAAAAACACGGAUAAAUACACGGAUGAACAAAGCAACAGGUCUUUUUAUUGUAGAGUAGAAAUUAAAAACGGACAUCAGUCGUCUUUCACUCUUGGAGAGUCGAUCAGCCAAAGGUGGGAGAUUUCAGAGAAGGAGCUUUCUUCUAUUUUGAUAACAAAAGAAAUAAAACGUAAAAACAAUAAUAACAAUAAUAAUAAUAAUAAUAAUAAUAAUAAUAAUUCCUAAAAGGUUAAAGAAAGACGCGUGUUAGCUUCAUGUGUUCGUAAGAGCACAUUCUUCUUUUUUACUAAAUCGUUUUUGAGAAGCUGAGAUAAAGAGAAAACGUUACACCACCACGUGUCUUUAUUAUUGUUUUUUCAUUUUUUUUGUAAAAUAUGCAAGUUUUUAUUUUCUAUUUGUGUUCUUUUGUUUUUCAGCAGCAGUUUGAGAUAUUUUUGUACUGAUACAUGAACAAUGCAUUAUAUUUUAUUUGUUGUUUUAAAAUUUAAAUUUAUAUUUUUUGCUACAAGUGAACCGUUUAAAGUCACUUCUUCUUUGUAAAAAAAAGUAAAAAGUAAUAACGAUUAUAUAAUUUUAAUAUCUUCAUUUUAUUUAUUUUUUUUAGAACUGCAACAGACAAUCAUUAUUGUGUUAUUUAUUCGUGACACGACGGCGUGGCAUUUCCAGAAAUAGAUUUUUUAAAGUUUUUUAUUUUUUUAUUUGGCUUUAUUCCUUUAUUCCUCAAUAUUAAAGAAAAAAAAAACAAAAAAGAAAGAAUUUUUUAAAAAGUUUUACUGACUGAAGAAGUGACUUUAAGUGGUUUUAUGACAAUAAAAAAGCCCAAAUUCCUGAGAAAAGUUUAAAUGUCCUUCACAUCACCUUCAUAGUAUUACAACAAGCCGCGUCACAUCCAUGUGAAACACCGUGACGUUAAAAUGCUUAGGGUAAAAAAAAACAUUAAAAAAACAGCCUCCUCCGGUGAUUUUGAAAUUAUUUGUGUGCAUUAGAGAAAUCUUUUAGAAUUUUUUUUAAGUCUAAAGUUUUGUUGGUGCUGGGUUAAUUCUUGAAUUAAUGAAAUCACAGGAAAAGGAGAUUAAAAUCUCCUUGAAAGGAUGAGAUUUUUUUUUUUUGCUGCUCUUUUGUUUUUGCAUUUUGUGUUUUGUAUUGAUUUUUCUCUCAUGUGCAUGUUUCUUUUGUUUCUCUGUAAUGUCCAAUUUCAAAAUAAUUCUAAUAGAGAAUAGAAAUUACGUAGCUGUAGGGAAGGAUUUUUGAGGGCAGUGUUUGUUUUUUCUGUUUUUGUUUUUGUCACCAAAAUUUCCUUUCACUUUUCCUCACACAUAAAAAAAUUCCCUUAAAAAUUUUAAUUCGAUGACGAUCAACGACCUUCAUCAUGACGUCUGAAAACAAAAUAAGGGCUUAUUUUAUUUAUAUAUAUAUAUAUAUAUAUAUAUAUAUAUAUAUAUAUAUAUAUAAACUAGGACCGCAGUACGAUAUACAGAAAUUCUUUAAAGUUUAUGAAUGUAAAUAUCAACGAGCUUCUUUAAAAAUAUAUCAACAAAUAAAUAAAUGAGCGCUAAUUUAAAGUUCUGUAAAUUUGCCAAAUCUCAACGUUAACAUCGGUAUAAUGUUAAUUAAAACUUUAAAAUUUUUAUUUAUAAUUGGUUGAGAAUGAAGUUCAGGGCAGAACGAAGUCUGUAGUGUUAUAAUACUGUUGCGUGGCGCUAAUCCUGAAAUAUUUGAGCUUUUUUUAAAAAAUAAUGAGCUAAUUUUUUAUCAUACUGUACACAUUUUAUUUAUAAUUUUAGCUACCAAAGAUAACAAAGCCAACAAAGCCAUCUGCUAAUAAGUUUUAGUCGUCAAUUUUUUUUCUAUUGAACAACGGGAAAUAGAUGAGUAAUUACGGCCGCGUUCCGAAUGCUAGCAUACGAUAAAAUCAAUUUUAGAUUUUUUCUCUAAACUGAGUAACGGAAGUUUGUGGUGUGAGACUGUGUUCCUGGACUGAGUGCGCUAUUGCAGCUAAUUAAUAGCCAGCUAAUAAGCUAAUUAGAGGUUAGCGUGUAAGAUUAGCGCUCUGUAUAAGUCAGCACGCUCGGAUGCUAGCUAAUUUAUACUUCAUUUUAUUACACACUCGUCUCAACGUUAUGUUUGUAGCCGCUGCUAUUUCUCUCUGUUAAAACACACUCAGUGCAUUAUGGGUAAUAAAUACGAUUCUUCAGCCACUGGGAAUAAAAAAAUUUAGGACAAUGUGGAUAUUGAGAGCUAAUUAAAUUUGUUUAAUACGUUUCAUUAUUUUAUUCAUUAUUUCAUUAAAGCUAAAGGUUA